AUGCCUGUCUCCCAGGAAAUGAUUGGAGGUAUUGUGGACAAUCUCGUACCGUACAUCGACCGCCAUAUCCAAGCUCGGUCUACCACUUCAAUAAAAACACCUUUCAUUUUCGGCCUGACAGGCCUCCAAGGAAGUGGCAAAUCGACAUGGACCAAUACUUUUGUGAAACAACUAAACCACAAACACAAAUAUAACACGAUCAGCAUCUCACUUGAUGAUCUUUAUCUUGACCAUGGCAAUCUCGUCAAGCUCCGCCUUGCCAACCCAGACAACAAACUGGUUCAAACCCGCGGCCAACCUGGAACGCACGAUAUGGAACUUGCGCGUUCUUUCUUCGAUAGUUUGAACAGCGACUGUGAAGUUAUCAUUCCAUUGUUCGACAAGAGCAAAUUCAACGGAGAAGGUGGAAGGGCACCAAAAGAGAAGUGGCAAUGUGUUCCGGCCGGAACGCAGAUUGAUGUUGUGAUAUUUGAAGGGUGGUGUGUUGGGUUCCAGCCUCUGGAUGAGGCUAUCAUCCGACAAAAAUGGGAGAGAGAAUUUCAACAAGAAGAAACAACCGAUUUUCCAGUCAAAACAUUGAAGGACCAUGCGCUUGGGCACUUGCUAGAAGCAAAUGAGAAGCUGCGUCAAUACUGCGAUCAAUUUUUGGGACAGCAACAUUUGGACUUUCUUCUCCAUUUGGAUACCUCAAGCCUGGGCAAUGUGUACAAAUGGAGACUACAGCAGGAACAUGAUCUUUUUCAGCGGACGGGGGAGAGUAUGACGAAUGAGGAGGUCGUUCAAUUUGUCAGAGGGUAUAUGUCAGCGUAUGAGCUCUAUCUGGAGCAGAUGCAGGAUCAGUUGCGACGAGGAUUCUUCGAUGACAAGACCAAAGGUCGAGUGCGAGUUCUAUUGGAUCAAGACAGAAACAUAGAAGACUAUAUUGAGUAUAGUCGUGAAAUUUAG